GUGGAAAAGGGGGUUUGGGGUGUGCUGGUAAGUAAAGAGCCUUGGUUGUGCGCCUCAAGUGAGCCUGCUGGUCGCCCUCAAGCUGAACUUCAGGAUGGCCAGUUCUACCUGCAGGAGCGCCAAAACUUAUGCGUGGUGUGUGGCAAGGACCAGUCAUAUAUUAGGAAGAAUGUUGUGCCCCAUGAGUACCGCAAAUACUUUCCAGCGAUCCUGAAGCACCACCAGAACCAUGAUGUGGUGUUGCUCUGCUUAGAGUGCCACCGUGUAAGCAACAUCCGAGAUAAUGCUCUGCGGAGCCAGCUGGCAGAGGAGUGUGAUGCACCUAUCGGCACCGACAAAGAUGUCAAGGCAACGUUCGACAAGGCCAAGAAAGCAGUGCGCUACGCAGCUAGUGCAUUGCUAAGGAAACCUGCUGGCAUCCCUGAGAAGAGGAUUGCUGAGUUGCAAGGUGUUGUUCAGAGGCAUUAUGGUGUGGAGGAGCUCACAAGGGAGCUACUUGAGGAGGCAGCCAACAUGGAGGUCAAGGUUUACAACAAGGAGUAUCAGGCACAUGGUCACAAGGUUUUUGAAGUCUACAGCAAGUAUGGACUCGUCAAGUUGGAGCAGAGAUGGCGGCAGCACUUCCUGUCCUCCAUGAAACCAGAGCACUUACCUGAGUGCUGGUCUGUCACCCACAAUGACUACAAGUUGCGGCUCAAGAUGGCUCGCCUGCCACUUGACCACCCCGACCGCCACAAUUACAAACUGGCUCUUGUGGGAACAGAAGGAACUAUCCAUGUGCCCUAUGACCCCUCACAGGACAGGAGGAGAACUGUGCAGGAAGGUUCAGCACCCAGUAAGGAAGUUACUUUGAUGAGUCUCCCUCAACUGAGGAGAGUGAGGAUGACAAGAACAGCACCUAUAGAACCAAGCAAAUGGGUAAAAAGUCUUCAUUAUCUGAACAGUCAUUCAGCAGUUUCUGUCUUUACCGCUGAACAGAUUUCAUUCUUUAUACUUGUAAUAUGGUUUAUAUACAACAAGAUGAGCAAAAACCACAGUGUUGAAAUCUCUCCCCAGUUAUUUCUCCAAAUUUUGCAUGAGUACAAGAAUGGAAGGUUACAGGGGAAGGGGAAGAAAAGUGAUGGAUUAAUGAAGUACAUGUGGCUAGAAAAGCAUGCAAAUGGAAAGAAUGAUGGAUACAGAAAUGGUGCACAAGAGUGGAAGGUUACAGGGAGGAGGCAAGUCAAGAAAAAUGUGGCUGGAGCACAUAACAUCUGUAUGAAUGUCAAAGUUGGUGAGAAACACCUAGUGGGAUUGAAGACUGUAGACUGUGGUAUGAAGGCAGCUAUGGUCGUAAAUGACUAA